AUGACGCUAAGUAGAAACGUGUAUGAGCUCAGUGUGAUAGCCAACUCGUUUCUCCACAUUGCACAAGGUUCGGCUAAAAUAAUACAACGAGAUGCUUGCGAUUUCUACAAAAACAAUAUUUUCAUUAAAUCCAUACGAGAUUUAAGCGAUGAAAAUAGACCCAUGUGGGAUGAAGUGCAAGCUUUGUCUUGGUCAACUAGAAACUCUUAUAAUGCGCAAAACCACCCCCACGAAAAAAACCCCUUUGGAGCAAAUCAACAGACACGUAAAUAUUCUACAAAAUCAUUCUAUCCCGGUGAAGAGAUUGUGGAGUUGGAUUCAAAUCCAACAAUCUCUUCGCCAAAAUCAACAAAUACCGCAAUUGAACAAGAAAAACAGCAGCCAAAGCCGCAACAAUUUCAAAUGAUGCAGAGUGAUAUCCCGAGCUCUAGACUAUCUCGUAUUUUUCAUUACGGAUCAUUGGCAGCAGGGAUGGGCUUAAACGCAGCGACUCAAGGUUUGAAACAGUAUGCUUCUGGAAACACGAGUUCGAUGAGUAUGAAGUCCUUGUUUUUGUCCCCGCAAAAUAUCGAAAGAAUGGCGAGAAAGUUUUCUAAAAUGAGAGGCGCAGCUUUGAAAUUGGGACAGAUGCUUUCAUUCCAAGACGCAUCGAUCUUACCCAAAGAAAUUCAGCAAGUUUUACUAAGAGUGCAGAAUUCUGCACACUAUAUGCCGCCAGGACAAUUGGAAAGAGUCAUGGUUCAAGAUUUGGGCUUGCAUUGGCGGGAAAGAUUGUUUGCUUCGUUUGAUGAUAUCCCCAUUGCCGCAGCUUCUAUUGGUCAAGUACACACGGCGGUGACUGAAGAUUUAACUCCUGUUGUUGUAAAAGUGCAGUACCCUGGAGUUGCAAACUCGAUUGAUUCAGAUCUUAACAACUUGCUUAUGAUUUUAACAGCAUCGUCGCUUUUACCAGCUGGUUUAUUUUUGGACAAGACAAUUGCCAACGCGAGAGUAGAGUUGAAAUGGGAGUGCGACUAUAUUAGAGAAGCACAGAAUCUCAUUAGAAUGAGAGAGCUUUUAAAGGAUGAUCAAGUAUUUGUGGUUCCUCGCGUUUUCCAUAAUAUUUGCGGAGAACAUGUUUUGACCAUGGAAAGAAUGAGAGGCACGGAAAUAGUUAAAGGCAACUGGAACCAAGAGACCAAGAAUUGGAUUGCAACAAAUAUCAUGAGGUUAUGUUUAUUGGAGUUGAAGGAGUUCAAGUUUAUGCAGACUGACCCCAACUGGGCCAACUUUUUGUAUAAUGAUAAGACCAAAAAAAUCGAGCUUUUGGACUUUGGUGCAGCUCGAGAAUUCAACGAUGGUUUUAUUAAAAACUAUGUCAGUGUACUAAGAGCAGCAGUAAAGAAAGAUGCUAAAAGAGUAGAGCAGCUAUCACGUGAUUUGGGAUAUUUGACCGGGUUGGAGUCACCUUCGAUGACAAAGGCACAUAUCGAUUCAAUCAUGUGUCUUGGUGAGGCAUUUUCACCGAUUGACAAUAACGGCCAACCAUUUGAUUUUAAGAAUCAGACUAUUACUGAUAGAGUUAGAGGCAACAUUGGAUUGAUGUUGAAUGAAAGAUUGGCACCUCCACCAGAGGAAACAUACUCUUUGCAUAGGAAAUUGAGUGGUGUAUUCUUACUUUGUGCAAGAUUAAACGCUACUGUGCCUUGUGAAGAUCUUUUUAGAGAUACUAUUGGCUAUGAAGAUGAUAAUUGA